ACUUCAGUGGAGUUAUUUCACUUUACACAAGAGAGAUCAGAAUCAGAGCCUAAAAGUGGGACGGAGGAGAACUGCAUGCAAUGAGCUGGGGAGGCUGAAUGCAGAGACAGUUGCUCUGAAGCAAAUGCCUGAGGCUAGGGGAAAAAACGCAAACAAUGGCCCCCAGGAACAGAGGGAAAGGGAAGAAAGGAGGGAAACAGAAGAAAAAGAAGAAUGUGGCAGAAAAUGAAGUGGAGGAGAAAUACAGGAAAGCAGCCCUGGAGGUCGACAUCCUCAAAGAGCACCUAGCCCUCCGGAGGGACGUGGCCAGGCAGGCGAAGGAUGACAGCGAAGGACUCAAGCAGAGGCUGCUGGAGCUGGAGCAGGAGCUGGAGAUGUCGCGGGACGACAAGAAAGACAUUUACGAAGAGAUGAUCCGGCAGUACCAGGAGCUCCAGCGGCAGACAGAGACCCGCAUACAGCAACUGGAGACGGAGACAAAGCAGCUACAGGAGCAGCUCGCUGUGACGUCCAGGCUCCUGUGCUGGGCUCUGCUGCCUGCCAUCCCCUGCAGCUAUUCAGCAUUCCAACUCCACUGCCUUCCUCCUCUCACUGCCUGGUGUCUCUCCCUGGCAGCAACGUGCCGUGAGGAUAUCCAGCAGGCCCGGGCAGAGAGAGAGCAGGUGCUGGGGGAGAAGGACCAGACCAUUGCCGAGCUGCAGGGCAAAAUCAAUGCCAUGGAGACAGAGUAUGAAAAGAUCCUGCACGGCAGCCUGGACCGAGUCCUUUCCAAGCUGGCAGCCGCCCAGGGCUGCUGGGAGAAGGAAGCCACAGCCAUGCACAUGGAGCACAAGGAGAGACUGCGAGAGUUCGGGCUCAAUCCCCUGGAGAUCUAGGGCCCUGGUUUACGCUGGGGCAAGGGGCCAGGUAGACGCCCCACCAUGGCCAACCACUAACCCCUCAGCAGUGGCAGCUGGGAUGUUUUGCCCGACAGGGCCAGCAGAUAUUCUCCUAACUGGAGGGAGUGUGGGGGGAAGGGGGACUUAGCUCUAGGGGAAGGAGCUGGAUCAACAGCCCUGGAGACUGGUGUCCUCCAGCCCCAGUGCAGCUCUCUCGACCCCAUGCCCAGCUCACCUUGGCCUGGGCCCCCCAGCUAGAGAACAGUUCAGUCUCCCUGCCCCCUUUGCUCCUUGGCUUCU